GCAGGAAGAAGAAGUUCGUCUACUUUGUGCUGCUAUUUUCCCAUAAUGACAUGAUGCUUCUCCGUUUGGUGAUGAUCUUGCUCUGUCUCUCCCAAAAAGCCUUGGCGGAGGUUUCAUCCACAGAGGAUAGCUACAAUGUCAUCUCAGAGGAACAUGCCAGGACACGCAGGGCCAUUCUGGGCAAAGGACUGUUCAUCGACAUCUUGACAAACAAUAUGACAAGUGUGGUGGAGGACGGCGGCAAGUAUUACACGUGGCGGCGCUUGGGUCCCGAGGACCAAAGAGCGCGGGAGCUGUGGGUGGACAUGAGCGACCCCGGGCACGGUCAAGUCCGAGUGCACGGCAUUUUGUCCAAUUCCUACCAGCAGGCCGCUAAAGUUGCCCUGUCGUUCGACUUCCCCUUUUAUGGACAUUACCUUAGGAAGGUUACCAUAGCAACAGGAGGCUUUAUCUUCACCGGUGAGCUCACCCACCGCAUGCUGACGUCCACACAGUACAUUGCACCGCUGAUGGCUAAUUUUGACCCAAGCCACUCCAAAGAGUCUAAAGUGCAGUACAUGGAUAACGGCGAGGUGUUUGUGGUCCAGUGGGAGCGGGUACGACUGUUGGGCAAAGAGUCGGCGGGGGCCUUCACCUUCCAAGCCGCACUUUACAGGACAGGAAGCAUCUCCUUCAGUUACAAAGACAUACCACUCCCUCCCAGUGACGUCAGUUUAGCUCAACAACCCGUUAAGGUUGGCCUGUCUGAUGCCUUUGUGGUCACGUCAUCGUCCCAGUCAGAAGGCGUACAGAGGCAGACGGUAUACGAGUACCAUCGGAUCGAGGUCGGCGCUGUUAAUAUCAGCAACUCCUCAGCGGUGGAGUUUAUGCCAUUGCCUACCUGCCUGCAACACGACAACUGUGAGUGCUGCAUCUCAUCCAAUCAGACUUCUGACUGCAGUUGGUGUAAUGUACUCCAGAGGUGUUCGGAUGGCAUGGAUCGACACAGGCAGGAAUGGUUGGACUUUGGCUGCUCGGAAGAGAGGAAAAGGACCAAUUGUGACGAUUACUCCGAGGAGGAGAGUUCUAUCACACCGGAAAUGUAUAAUGUGACCUUGUCGUCUGUGUUGCAAAAUGACUGCAAUGGUGAUGAUGCAGAGCGGGAUAUUCCAAGAAGUAGUUUUGUUUGGGCUAACACAGCAGUCUUGGUGGGUGUCGCAUCUGCUCUGGUCUUACUCCUGGCUCUGGCUCUUGUGGCUCUUUACAUCUACUGCCACCCGACUGCCACAUCGCCGCUUUACUUCAUCCAGCGACACAAUAGCUACUGGCCCUCCUUGAAGUUCCACAAGCAGCAGCAGCAGCAGCCUGGCUACGCUGAAGUUGAGGGAGACGCUCUAGAGAGGAGCAGCAUGGUCGAAGCUGGACCAUGAUGGAGCUACAAAUACAAACCUAGACUAUUAUUGUUGUUUUUUUUCCCAUUCACCAGUAAGCUAAAUUUAAGCUAAAAAAUUACUUUAUUGUGUUUUGCAAUGUAAAUAGACACAAUCAAAUCAAUGUAUGGAUCGGUGAAUCUGCAUA